AUGGGGGCUAGGGACGACGAGCGAAGACUCCUCUGCCUCCUGAACUCCAGACUAACGACCAGAAGGCGUUCUUGUUUGUCUGAAAUUUGGAUGCCUUCCAGAAAGGAAGAAGGUUGGGAUCAAAGACAGGUGGGGAUGAGGGAUGAAUCUCGAGCUGCUCAAGAGAUUAUCGAUGACGCUCUCCCAAAUAUUUUACAGGAAAACACAACGUUAUGGCAAGCGACUCUUCUCAUUUUUGGCGAAUCCCCGUACAAUACCUUUUCGAGAACGAAUGGGAUGAUGUACCUCACGGGGAGUCAAGUCAACGUCGGCGAUACAAGCCCUAUCUUCACACAUGCGUCAGUGGAACGUCUUUUGAGCAUCAUCAGCCACCCGUUCCUUUAUGAGAGAUCAACUUCCGAGACAUUACGACUUUUCCUGCAAUUUUCUGUGAUCGCGGGGAUUGGUGCCAGGACCGGAUGGACCCCGCCGCUUGCGAGUGGGAAAUCCGACUGUCCCGUUCUCGGCAGUCCUAAUCCUAUUCUCGAUAGUCCUAUUCUUGGCAGUCCCAUUCUCAACGAGCUGAGGAAGGAGAUGUUUCUAGUCUCAAAAAACGACCACCCUAUCGAGUCGAUAUACGAACGAUUUAUUCGCUUGACGAAAUCACAUCCGGAAUCCGUUGAGGCCUUGAUACUUGCAAAAGUCGGGCACUUUGCCCAUGCGAGGGCUCGAGGGUCUAAUCAGAAAAUUCAGGAGCGUCAAAAGGAGCUGUACAAUCAAGAAGGCAUUUGUGCGGUCUCCAUUCAUGAACUGAUUGGCAUAUGCCAGGCACUAGACGAGGUGGCCUCCGCAAAACAAGAAAUGUCAACCGAAAGAGCCCUUAGGGCAUUGAAGGAAGCUAUUCCCCGCUGGAGACCAUUUCCAUCACAGGAAGUUGCUUCCAUCAUGAAAGACGUCUGGAGAUACGAAUCUUGCCUUUCGUACAGAUCACAACAGAGUCAAAUUUCUGCAGAAGAAACCCCCCAGCAGCGCAUGGAUAACAUCGGCACGACACCAACGCCAAAAGGUGCCUCUGGUGACUUCUCGGAGGUCCAUAAACCCGAUCAGAGCAACAUGGCCAUUGAAUGUCAGAUUACACGAGAAGUCAUUGCCGUUGACACAGACGAUGUCAUGAACUGCUGCGCUGCGAUCGACGAUGCGCCAAGGAAGAGCCUUGCGGAACUCUGGAUGGAGGGAAUCCAUUUGAACUGCCCGUCUAAUAUGAGCAAGUGA